UUUAUUAAAUAUUCUUUAAAGCGUACCUGUAAUAUUACAGAAAAAAUAUAAUGCUUAUGUACUGUAUAUACUAGUGUAUAAGCCAUCGGCUGUCCGGGCAUGCUGGGAGUUGUAGUUUUGAAACAUCUGGAGGUCCACAGGUUGAAGACCACUUCGGCCUUCGUCAUCAUCCAGACCCCCCUUUAGUUUUCUACUCACCUCCCCUCGGCGGGAAGUUAGGGUGAGCUGGUCCGGGCCAUCUAUGCUGCAGGGACCGUCUGGUGGGGAGGGUUAGUCGUUCCGGGCUGUCCAUCUUCACCGGGAGACCCCCUUCUCUGCUCGCUCCGGGCCGGCCCUGGACUAGUGACGUUGCCUUGACGACAACGCACAGGGACGUUCAUGUGCAGGAUUGUUGGAGAAGAUGAUGGAGGCAAGCUUUUUAGCCCAGAAGAAUAUGAAGCCUACAAGAAAACGGUGCUGCCUAUAAGAUCGCAAAAUCGAUUGUUUGUCAGCUGGAGAUCACCAACAGGAAUAGACUGCAAGCUUGUGGGCCCAGAGACUCCCUGCUUUUGUACUCACAGGUACAAACAGCAUAAGACAGACUUUAAGGAGCUUCCAAAGGAUCAUCCCAUUCUGUUGCCAUGUAAAGUCAGUAAAUGUCCAUGCAAGUCAUAUCACUAUGUUCCUCUUAAUGGUUCCCAAGCAAUUCGUUGCCGAUGUAAGCACUUUGCCGAUGACCACAAUGUUACAGGAUCCUACCACUGCAAAAAAUGCUCCAACUGCACAGGAUUCCAUAGUUCCUUUACUUGUGGAUGUUCCCAGCCAGCAUAUACUCACGACACUGUUGUGGAGACAAAGGAAGAACGACAAGCUCUUGGAAAGCCUGUUGGGGAAGAUGUUCCAUAUGCUGCUAUGGGAGGACUGACUGGCUUCAGCUCUCUUGCUGAAGGUUAUAUGAGACUUGAUGAAAGUGGUAUAGGUGUUCCUAGUAGGGAAUUUUUUGAGUCUUCCGAUGAUGGCGGCGGCCAUCCAUUUCUAAGAGCAUAUGGCCCACCAUGUUCCAAUGUUAAAGAACACCCUAAUGGAAAUAAACAGAUGUCCAGUUUGAAGGAAUCAGAAGAACGGGACAUGGCUUUUUUUGAAAAGCGCUAUCAAGAAAGGUUGCAGAAAGAAAAGGAGCAAAAAAGACAGAGUAAUAAGCGACCCACCACUCAGCGGCCUUAAGGACAUGACACCUGUCAGGCAGAUGUCCACUUUAUCCACUGUAGUUUUAGUGUCUACAUUAGUUUUAAACUGUAGGUUUAAUAAUUUAUUUGUUGGGUGAGAGUAAAAAAAAAAGCAAUACUUUAUGGGGCAUUCAGUUUUUAGGUUUAUCAUGUGGUAAAAAUUACAAGUAAACUUGAAUACCAAAAUUGAUAUAGUUUUUGUUUUACAAACUUUGAAAAUAAUUUUUUUGCAACGCCAUAUUCUAACCCCUAUAACUUGAUGGGGGAUUGGUACCAUGUUGUUUACUAUUCCAUGUUUUCUCAUAUGUGAGGGAAAAAACAAAUUCUGGUAUUGGGUAAUUUUCUCUU